AUGCAUAUCAAGUCAAUUAUUAUCGAAGGAUUCAAAUCCUACGCACAACGGACUGAGAUCAACGGCUUUGACCCGCUCUUCAACGCCAUCACCGGACUGAACGGUAGCGGCAAGUCAAACAUUUUGGACUCCAUAUGUUUUCUCUUGGGCAUAACAAACCUUUCUCACGUUCGAGCCUCCAAUCUCCAGGACUUGGUCUACAAGAACGGACAGGGAGGUAUUACCAAGGCUACUGUGUCCAUCACUUUUAACAACGCCAAAAAAAGCCAGAGUCCUUUGGGAUUUGAAACACAUGAUGAGAUUACGGUCACCAGACAGGUGGUAAUUGGUGGCCGAAACAAGUAUCUUAUCAAUGGAGUCAAUGCUAACAACACCAGAGUGCAAGACUUGUUCUGUUCUGUUGGCCUCAAUGUCAACAACCCACAUUUUCUCAUCAUGCAGGGAAGGAUCACCAAAGUUCUAAAUAUGAAGCCACCAGAGAUUCUUGCUAUGAUUGAGGAGGCUGCUGGAACCAGGAUGUACGAGUGCAAAAAGAUUAGCGCCCAGAAGACCAUUGAGAAGAAGGAGGCUAAACUGAAAGAGAUUCACUCUAUUUUGGAUGAGGAAAUUACUCCAACCAUGCAGAAACUACAAGAGGAGCGAUCGUCAUACUUGGAGUAUCAGAAACUGAUGCGUGAAAUCGAGCACUUGUCACGCUUAUACGUGGCCUGGAAGUUUAUGUGUGCUGAGGAGACCAAUCUGAAAUCUGCUGAGAACCUGAAAGUGAUGCAGGACAGCAUUGCUAAGAUGCAAGCUGCCUUGGCUGAGAAUGAGAGCAAAGUCCGGGAGCUUUCUGCACAGAUUCAGGCACUGAAAGACAAAAAAGAAGAGGAAGAAAAAGGCGUAUUAAAAUCUCUGGAGAAAACGCUGGCAGACGUGCAGCGUGUGGAUGCCAAAGCUCAGAGUGCUCUUGAUCUAAAAAAACAAAAUUUAAAGGAUGAAACCAAGAAGAGGCAGGAGCUUGUCAAGAGUAUGCAAGAGGACAAGAAGAUGCUGGUGACAAAAGAAAAUGAGGUGUCCAAGUUGGGGCAGCAGCUUCAGGCUCUCAAGGAGGAAGGCCAGAAGGACGGUGCAGCCCUUGAGGCAGCCGAGCAGCAUUUUAAAGCAGUCUCUGCUGGUCUGUCCACCAAUGAAGAUGGAGAGGAAACCACGCUGGCUGGUCAGAUGAUGGCCUGUAAGAAUGACAUGAGCAAGGCUGACACUGAGGCCAAACAGGCCCAAAUGACGCUGAAGCACGCCCAGGCUGAACUGAAGACCAAGCAGGCCGAGGUGAAAAAGAUGGACAGUGGCUAUAAGAAGGACCAGGAUAGUUUGCAAGCCAUCAAAAGCAGCAAGGAGAAAUUAGAGGCCGAGCUAGCCAAACUCAAAUAUGAAGAUGGGAAGGAGGAGCGUCUUCUGGAGAUUAGAAGACAGCUGUCCAGAGAGGUUGCAAAUCUGAAAGAGACCUAUGAGCGGCUUGUGUCUCGCUUCCCAAAUCUUCGCUUUGACUACAAAGAUCCUGAGCGUGGGUGGGACCGCAGUAAAGUCAAGGGACUGCUAGCAAACUUGAUUACAGUCAGCGACGUUUCCUAUGCAACUGCACUGGAGGUUGUUGCUGGAGGGCGACUUUAUAAUAUUGUCGUUGAUACAGAGGUGACUGGUAAGAAGCUGUUGGAGAAGGGUGAACUGCAGCGGCGAUACACCAUCAUUCCACUGAAUAAAAUAGCUGCUAAGACACUGAGUGACAAAGUGGUUCAAGCUGCCAAAAACCUGGUGGGAGAAAACAAUGUCCAUACAGCUCUAUCCCUGGUGGGCUAUGAGCCUGACAUGCGGAGGGCCAUGGAGUACGUGUUUGGAUCCACGUUGGUGUGCGAUACUCUGGAUAAUGCUAAGAAAGUAGCUUUUGAUAAGCAGGUGAUGACCAAGACCGUCACUCUUGGAGGAGACAUCUUUGACCCUCAAGGAACACUGAGUGGAGGAGCUCGUUCGCAGUUAGCAUCAGUCCUGACCAGCUUGCAGGAGUUGAAGGACGUUCAGGGCAACUUGAAUGAAAAGGAAGCUCAGUUGAGGGAUACUGAGCAACAAUUGGCCAGCUUGAAGGGAACUGCUGAGAAGUACCGUCAGCUGAAGCAGCAGCAUGAUAUGAAAGUCGAAGAGGAGCAGAUUUUGCAGGCCAAGUUGCAGCAGAGCUCCUUCCACCAGCAACAGGAGGAGCUUGAGAGGCUACGCAAAGCCAUAGAGGAGAGCGAGGAGACUCUGCGGGUCACCAAAGAGGUGCAGAAGCGAGCAGAGGAGAAGUACAAGGUGCUGGAGAACAAAAUGAAGAACGCAGAAGCUGAGCGAGAGAAGGAGCUGAAAGCCGCUCAACAGAAGCUCAAUGCGGCCAAAGCCAAAGCAGGGGCUUUCACAGAGAAGCUCAAGCAGAAGCAGCAGGAGUCCGAUGCCGUUACGUUGGAGCUGGAGGAACUGCAGCGAGAGCAGGCGGGUUACGAGCAGCAGAUUCAAGCUGUCGACGAGGCCUGUAAGGCCAUCAAAGAACAGAUUGACAGCAUGGCCUGCACUGUAGCGGAGAACAAGGAAGCAGUUCGAAAGGCCCAAGAUGAACUUUCGAAGCAGAAGGACAUCGUAAUGGCUCAGUCCGAAGAAAUCAAGGGGAAAACCGCAGAAGCUGACAAGAUGCGAGAGCAGAAUAACGAAGCACAGCUGAAGAUUAAAGAAUUAGAUCACAACAUCACUAAACACCUUAAAGAUAGCCAGGAUGCAGCACAGGAGGUUACUCGGAUGCUGCAAGAGCACGACUGGAUCCAGUCUGAGCGUCAGCACUUUGGGCGGCCCAACUCUUCCUACGACUUUAAGAUCAACAACCCACACGAGGCCGGCCAGCGCCUCAAGAAGCUGAAGGAGACCACCAGUAAGCUUGAGAGGAAUGUCAACAAGCGGGCCAUGAACAUGCUCAACGAGGCUGAGGAGCGGUACAAUGACCUGAUGAAGAAGAAGAGGAUCGUAGAGAAUGACAAAGCGAAGAUCCUGCAGACUAUUGAGGAGCUGGACCAGAAGAAGAACGAGGCUCUCAAUGUGGCCUGGCAGAAGGUCAACAAGGACUUUGGUUCUAUUUUCUCCACACUGCUGCCAGGAGCCUCAGCCAAGCUCGCUCCUCCGCAGGGCUCCGGUGUCCUGGACGGUCUGGAGUUCAAGGUAGCCCUGGGCAACAUCUGGAAGGAGAACCUGUCUGAGCUGAGUGGUGGGCAAAGGUCUCUGGUAGCCUUGUCGCUCAUCCUGGCCAUGCUACUCUUCAAGCCCGCUCCAAUCUACAUCCUAGAUGAAGUGGAUGCCGCGCUGGACCUUUCGCACACGCAAAACAUUGGGCAGAUGCUGCGCCAACAUUUCACACACUCUCAGUUUGUGGUUGUGUCACUCAAGGACGGCAUGUUCACCAACGCCAACGUCUUGUUCAAGACCAAGUUUGUAGACGGCAUGUCCACAGUCUCACGCUCAGCCCUUAGUCAAACCGACGCCAACCUGCCCCACUAA